AAAGCAGUCAGCAGAAACAGACAGAGAUUAAGAGUUAGUGGACGCAGAGAAAAAGAGGCUAAGAUCCGACACAGGAGUCGAUUUAAUCCGGCCUGCAGUUACUAUCGACCCUCUAUUGCUGUGAAAGCAUGUCUGCAAAGACGGAGCUGGCUUUCCGGCUGGACACUCAGCUGACGGAAGUGAUGCGUCUGCGGGUUCAGUCCCUGCAGCAGCGCAGCCAGAAGAGGCAGGAGGGUGAGCGCCUGCUGCAAUCUAACGAAGCGGUUUAUCGCCUGGACUUCUCCAAACAGUCCCUCCGCUUCUCGCACUGGACGGUGAGGCUGGCGCAGCCGGCGCGCCUCACCAUCACAGCAACCUCGCAGCUCUGGACGCCGGAUCUCACCAACCUGAUGACUCGCCAGCUCCUGGAGCCUGUCGGGGUGUUCUGGAGGGCAGCUGAGGAAGCCUCAGACGUUCCUGCUCAGUGCUAUGAGGCUGACGCGGCUGAAUUAGGUGAGAGGAUAGCAGAGUUGGCAAAGGUGAGGAAGGUGAUGUACUUCCUGUUUGCAUUUGCAGAAGGCUGCAGCCCCGAGACUGUGGACUGCUCCAUCACCUUCAUGGUGGACUCUUAAUAAAAUGGGACCAACUAAACCUUUAAUCUCUAACUAUGUUGGUGUGUUUUACCUGUAGGAGAACCUUGUCAUCGUUUUUUUGUAUGAUAAUUUCUGUAGAAUCUUAGCAAAAUUUAAGAUUGUUCAAGAUUGUUCUUAAAUUGAGGGACUGAAAAAAUGUACUUUCCGAUUACAUUUCAUCUUUGCAUCGUAUAAUAGUAGAUAAAUAGAAUAAAAUAAAAGAUGCAUCCUGAUUUAUUUGAUUUUUAAUGGCUUGGGUUUGAUCGUCCGAACAAAAUGUUUUGCUGCUUCUGACAAACAAUCAGCCACAUUUUAUGGGGACCUUUACAAACAAGAGGAAGGAAGCAUCUCUUUCCUACGGAAGAGGAUUAG